GUGAUCUUUGGCGAGGUGCGCACCAACAUGGGUAACGCCUAUGAUGCCAACAUAGGCAUUUUCACAGCCCCCUACAAGGGCGCCUACUUCUUCACCUUGAACUACAGAUCACGGGGUCAGAAGAUUUAUCUAUCUGUGUAUAAGGAGAAGAAGGAUGGGAACAGAGAGUAUCUGAUGGACAUGUUUGACGACACCAACAACACAGAGAAGGACUACAUGGCCUCCAGCAGCAGGAUAGUUGACCUGGAGCAUGAAGAGAAGGUGUAUGUCAAUGCUGAAAUUGGCCAUGUACUUACAUCUAGUUGGUCUAACAUGUUCAGUGGCUUCCUGCUGCAUCCCAUGUAAAGUGGGGGCGGGCGCAUCCAUCCAUGAUAUCAGGGCAGUAUCGCUAUGGGAUGGAUGAUGUGUAUUCCAUGAUAUCGUGUGGCUAACGUUCCACGUGUGUUUAUGGGUAUUGAGGGCGUACAGGUGGCGUGUGGCUGAUGCCACCUACUGGUAACGCUUGUCAUAUUUACUCGUAUUCUGCUCUGUAUUGUUUUCCUAAAGGGACUGUUUGCCAACAUCCCGCCCUCUUCCUGUGUUGGCACGGAAGGCUAUUGCUAACAUGCUAGCUUCUAUUUGUUCCCUUGAAAUGUUGUCAUGAUUUGCCAACCAUGUGCCCUGCUAAUGGAUCAUUCUGGAUGUGAUGCCAACAUACUGGAUGCCAGCGGACGUGUC